AUGGAUGAUGAAGACGGGCGGUGCCUCCUCGAUGUCAUCUGUGAUCCUCAGGCCCUGAACGAUUUUUUACAUGGAUCCGAGAAGAUUGACAGUGAUGAUCUCCUGGACAACUCAGGAGAUGCUGCCAGUGCCUUUUUUGAAGGUGCUGGGCUCCACGGGCAGGAGCCCGCCGGGAACCCGCUGAGCGCGGAGCCGAGCCAACCGCCGGCCAGCGUGGACCUGGACUUCCUGGAGGAUGACAUCCUGGGCUCGCCCUCGGGCGCCGGCGCCGGCGCCGAGCAGCCGUGCGACAUCCUCCAGCAGAGCCUGCAGGAGGCCAACAUCACCGAGCAGACCCUGGAGGCCGAGGCCGAGCUGGACCUGGGCUCCUUCCAGCUGCCGGCGCUGCAGCCCGUGGUGCAGGCGGCCGACGGCACCCCCCAGAUCUUCUCCGGCGGCGCCGACCUGCUGGGCAUCCAGCCGCCCGCCGUGCUGGCCCACCAGGCCCUGGUGCAGCAGCCGGUGGGCGCCGACGUGGUCAACAAGGCCAUCAGCGUCCAGCCCUUCCUGCAGCAGGUGGGGCUGGGCAACGUCACCAUCCAGCCCCUGCCCAACCUGCCCGGGCUGCCCAACGGGAGCCCCGGCGGCGCGCUGGGCAUCGGGCCCAUCCAGGUGGUGGGCCAGCAGGUGAUGGCCAUCAACCAGCCCGCGGCGCAGCAGCUGCUGGCCAAGCCGGCGCCGGUGGCGGCCGUGGGCGGUUACAUCGCGCAGCCCGAGGCGGCGGCGGCGCUGGCGGCUCCGUCCUCGCAGGGCGGGGCCGGGCUGGUCAUCCAGAAGAGCCUCCCGGCCGUGGCCACCACCACGCUCAACGGCAACUCGGUGUUCGGCGGCGUCGCGUCGCCGGCGUCGCAGCCGCUCACCGUCACCUCGGGCCUGGGCGGCUCCCUGGUGCCGGCGCCCAACGUCAUCAUCCACCGCACGCCCACGCCCAUCCAGCCCAAGCCCGCCGGGGUCCUGCAGCAGAAGCUCUACCAGAUCACGCCCAAGCCCUUCGCGCCCAACAACGCGCUGGCGCUGCCCGGCGAGGCCCAGGCCAAGCCCCAGCAGAACCUGACCUUCAUGGCCGGCAAGGCCGCGCCCAACGUGGUGCUCUCGGGCUUCCCCCCCAACGUCUUCAAGCCGCCGCCGCCCCAACCGCCGGCGGCGCUGGGCAAGUCCAUGAGCGUGCACGUGCUCAACCAGGGCGGCAGCAUCGUCAUCCCGGCGCAGCACUUCCAGGGGCAGAACCAGUUCCUGCUGCCGGGCCAGCUGGCCGGCGCCUCGGCCGUGCAGCUGCCGCAGCCGCUCUCGGCGCUGCCGGCCAACGUGGGCGGCCAGAUCCUGGCGGCCUCGCACGGCGCCGGCAUCAUCGCCGGCCAGGGCGCCGGCGCCCAGCUCAUCGCCAACCAGGCGCUGCCGGCGCAGAUCUUGACCAACCAGAACUUGGCCGGGCAGCUCAACCUGGGCCAGGUGCUGACGUCGCCCAACGCCCACGGCACCGCCCACAUCCUGUCGGCGCCCAUCCAGCUCCAGCCGGGCCAGGUCGGCCAACCGGCGCUCUUCCAGAUGCCGGUGUCGCUGGCGGGGACGCUGCCCAGCCAGAGCCAGGCGGCGGCGGCGGCGCCCACGGUGAUCCAAGGGGUGACGUUGGCCAACCAGGUCAUGCUCAACGCCGGCGACGGUUUGGGAGCCGCCGUCAGCAUCCAGGCCGCCCCCGGCGCCGCCCCCGGCGCCAGUCCCAGCCCCGGCGCCGACCCAGGCUCCGUCCUCACCGUCCAGCCCACCGCGCCUGCGGCGGCGCCGCUGCAGCUCAACGUGCCGGCGGCGGCGAGCGGGACGUCCCAGCCCAGCCCGGGGCUCGCCGGGAGCCCCGAGAAGAUCCUGUUGGGCCCCGCGGCCGCGCCCGGCACCGUCCUGGGCCAGGAGUCCAUGCAGAUGUUCCUGCAGCAG